AUGGCCGACGACGCCUCGUACGCGGCGUUUCUCGAAAAAGCCAACGCCGACCCCAAAGCCGGCUACAGCAACAGCACGAGCCACGAAGAAUCCGAAUCCACCUCCCAGGCACGCACAAAAUACGAUCCGACCAGCAGCAAGUCGCAACUCGAGGCGUUACCGGCGUCGCUGAAAUCCCUACCGGACGUGACGUAUACAUCGGACACCGAUGCGCCGUUCGAGCCGAUCGCCCUGAACUACGCGGGCAGCGCGUUGCCUAGUGUCCCGGAAUUCGAGAAGUGUCUUGGUGCGAAGGGGAAAACAGUCCGCGGGGUCGAAGAGUUGACGCCCGACGAGUUUGAUCCGAGAGGGGAAUAUAAGGAAAUCAUCCAGAGGGUGGCGCAGGCGGCGAAAAUCAAGGAUGUCGGUGUCAAGGUGUUCAGAGUGGAAAUCACGCGCACGAGAGUCGAGUAUUACGUUCUCACGGUUGGCGAGAGCAUGUUGGUCGGUGUCGUUGUGAAGGCGGUUGAGAGCUAA